GAAAGCGGGAGGACAGUGGUCCUCCUAGCGCUUGACCAGGGGCCAUGCCGUGGGGCGGGGUGGACGGGUGUGAGUGAUAGCUGCGUCAGCCAAUGAGGGUCACUGUCGGCCCUUGGCGGAACCUGCGCUCGGCCGGCCGCCGGCUCUGCGCACGGCGCGAUAACUCACGGUCCGGUUGCGUCCCGUAAAGUCUCCCAGGCGGACGGAUGCUGAGCCAACUUCCCCCCCCUCGCGGAGGCGUCACCGGGACCCCAGGCAUCCCCCGGCCAAUGGCGUGCUGCUCUGGAGGACGUCCCCGUCGGCUCAGCCUAUAGGGCCGGGGCCGGGGCGUGGCGGGAAGUUUGAAACUCCUGGAGGCCUCGUCCCUCGACCUGCUGCGCACCUAGAGCGGGACGUGGGGCCCCGGUGAGCGGUUUGAGUGAAUGAGCGGGCUCGUCAGAGGCUGCCGCAGACCCGACAGUUCAAGGCUGCGCGGUGGCGCGCGCCUUUAGUCCCAGCACUCGGCAGGAUCGCCGUGAGUUCGAGGCCACCCCGGGACUGCACAGUGAAUUCCAUAAGCUGCCCUAGUCACGAUCCCGCGGAGGUCCUUGGGGUCGCUGGCCCUCAGCUGGAAACGGAAGGCCGGGCCCUGCCCCGACCCCUGCCGGAGAUGGGGUCCACCCAGAGCGUGCCCGUCACGCCGGCGCCCCACAACAAGCACCUGGCUCGAGUGGCGGACCCCCGCUCUCCCAGUGCGGGCAUCCAGCGCACGCCCAUCCAGGUGGAGAGCUCUCCGCAGGCAAGCCUUCCAGCAGAAGAACUGAAAAGCCCCACACAGGCUCAAGACUCAGAUCCUCGCUCUCCUACCCUUGGUAUUGCACGGACGCCCAUGAAAGCUAGUGGCGUAGAUUCUCCGAGCCCACUGAUGCAACAGUUGAGCGAAGUAUUUGAAAAUGUAGCCUCCAAAGUGACUCUUCCCUCGGAGCCAGCUCUGCCCCAGGGGGCGCCUCUCUCUUCUGAACUGGAUUUGCUGUUGGAUGCUCACUUAUCUCUUGAGGACCCACUGCUACCCUGGGACCAGCCUGAGCUCCCUUCCAGAGAGGUGUUUUCUGAGGUAGCAAAACAGUCCACAGAAACCCCUGUGGCCAUCCAGAGCUCAGAGAAGUCCUUGAGAGACCCUGAGACGCCUCAGUCUUCAGGUUCUAAAUGCAAUAGACGAAAAGCAAACAGCAAGGUACUAGGGAGAUCCCCUCUCACCAUCCUGCAGGAUGACAACUCCCCUGGGACCCUGACACUAAGACAGGGUAAGCGGCCUUCUUCACUAAUUGAAAAUGCUAGGGAACUAAAAGAAGGAACCAUUCUUGGAACUGGACGACUUCUGAGAACUGGAGGAAGAACACGGGAGCAAGGCCAGGACCAUGACAAGGAAAAUGAGCAGUUUGCUUUGGUGGAGAGCUAGGCCCCGGCUGGGUUACCAGGGCUGUGUGCUGCGCCAUGUCCGCUCACCGCCGCCUCUUCCAGGGCUGCGGAGGCAAGGCUUGUUUUUUUUAUUCCUUCUAGGCUUCAAAUUCUGGCUUUUGAAUAUUGGACUUUUUUGUGUCGUGUGUGUUUCUUGUUUAUUAAAGGAGAUUGAUUUUA